CAUCUUUGUUACUUGACAGUGACAUUUGGAAUGACCAGCUCUACGAUGUAUUACUUUACAAAAGUAAUGAAAGGUGUGUAUGAACCUGAAUACCAUAUAAAAAACAAAUUAUGAAAUAUACAAAAUGCAAACAAAAGUGGAGAAUACAAAACGCUAAGGAUGCUAGGAAAAUUUGAACGAAGAAGAUUGGAGAAAUUAAUACGAAACAUUAAUGAGGUCAAAAAUAGCAGUAUAUCUGCAUGCAUCAAACACUUUAUUUAUAAUAAAUUACAGGUGACUUUUAAAUAAGGAGUCAAAACUACACAUAGGACUAGACCCCAUCCUUACAAUAAUGUAUCAUAACAAUGGCUUACCUCUGACUCUGGACUCUAUUUCCUUGGGUCUAUAGCUUACAGAGACCUUCACUCAUUGACUGCUUUAAUGCUUUUUUACAAUUACAUUUUAGAUCUUUUUGUUGAGACAACAAUGGAAAACAGAAAUACCUUCAAGGAUAUUACAACCAUGAAUGAAUUCUUCAUGGUAAGACGUCAGUUACGGUUCGGUUUAGGUUACUUUUGAUAACACGGUGAUUUUGUUCUCCAUUCUUGGUUAACGCCAAACCAUUUUACUUGUCAAAGGGAAGUGCUUGGUCUAAGCCAUUAAACAUAAAAAAAUUAUGAAAACUUGACAACUCAUUACAGUUCUUUGUAUUAUUUUUUCUAGUAUGCAUCUGGCCCACUAAGCUCAGGAAUCUACUGGGAACAAUACUAUAACACGAAGAAUGUUACCCACAAGAAUUUGAAAGAAGGAGAGCUUGGAUAUAUCUACUUUGAAAACAAAAUUCUUGGAAGACCACGAUUCCGACAGAUCAGGGUGAAGAAUGAUUCAUGUGUGUAAGUAGAGGGUGGGAAAGGGUAUUUUCGUGAGCCGUGAAUGGUCAAUAUUUGUUCGCGUGAAAUGUGAAAUGCUUGAUUUUAGUAUCGUGAAAUGUGAUUUGUUCUACACUCUACAGGCGUGAGGCGUGAUUGUCGAUAAAAAUGCUCCGUGAAAUGAGAAUUAAGGAUGUCUGUUUCGUGAACUGUGAUUUUGCUUUGUUUAUUUCGAUCUAUUUUAUAAUAGUCAUAAUAGAGUAAAUGAUACGCGAUAAUCAAUUCAUAGUUAUACAUGCGAUUGCACAAGAGUAAAAACUUCGGAGGCCUUUCGGAGGUCGUUGGACAUACUCGUCACUCAAACUUUUAAGUUAUGAUGUAGUUUUUAACUAACAGGUAGAGAAGUGAGAGAACUUAAAGCGUAGAUACUGUACCAUGCAUUAAACAUACUCUAAACAAACCUAUUAUUAUUAUAUUAUUUUACUAGAGUCUAGUUUUCCGUGAAAUUGCUUUCUUAAGACACGUGAAACGGCUUUAUUUUCCGUUGUGAAACGUGAUCCAUACCCCCCUUUCCCACCCUCUAAGUAUUUUCUUUACAUCCUGGCUUUUGGCGCUUUUUAAAUUUCCUAGAGGAAAAUACCAUUGACAUCUUCACCAAUACAAACGCUAUUUGUCCAGUCUAAUUUUUAGACUACCAAAAGAUAAUUCACCUACACUAUAGUGAAUAUCAUAUACCAACAUCAUUUUAAUUAAGAAAAAUCGUAGUUAUACGAAUGGAUAUAGCUGUGUAUAUUGCAUACAGAGAUGCAUAUAACAUUUUCCUAUUUGCAAGCCUUUAUCAUAAGAAGGCCAAAAAGUUGUUCUGGUUCCACCACUGUCUAAUAUUUAAAAUUUUCCUCACACAGAGUUCAUGAGGAUUUCAGCAACGUUAUCAAAGAAUGUUAUGCCUCAUAUUCACCAGCUGUUGAAGACACGGCAUCAUUUGGGAAACAAAAUGGUUCUGCGUAAGUAAUUAAAAGCUAGAUAAUGAUUAAUGUUAAUCCACUUUUACUUAUGCAAGAAUGAAAAGCAAAUAAAAUAUAUUUCGAAUUACUUAAAUUCAGUGGUGCCUAAUUACUUUGAAUUUGUACUCGAGUAAAAGUAGAAGUAAUUAACAAUAAAACGGCUUGAGUAAGAGUAAAAAGUACUGGAAGCAAAACGUACUUAAGUAAAAAGUACAAAGUAUCCUUAAAAAAUACUUGAAGUACUAUUGUCUGUAGCUUGUAGAUGGGGAGGGGGACUUCUCCAAUGUCAAUACAUACAAAAGACACAAAACAGCACACGCAUUAUAUGUGUGCACCGAAUAUACAAUAUUUUACGGCAUGGUCUACUUUUCAGACCCCGUUGCAGAUAUAAGAAAUCCAUUAAAUAAAUAAUGCUUAUAUAUAAGUAAGUCACAAACGAGACUAGAGGUCGUUUUACCUAUCCCGAAAUUAAAAUAAAUCAGAAAUAAAUCACGUAAAAUUAAACAAAAGUUAGAAAGUAACGAAAUACUUCGCCACAAAAUGAAAAUAACGAAGUAAAAUGUUAUUUCUUAAAAUGACUUCGUUCCAAGUAAAAGUACUCCAGAAAAAGUUUACUUUGUUACAUGCUCACCUCUCAAAAAUAGUACUCAAGUACAGUAACGAAGUACAUUUACUUCGUUACUUGACAUAACUGCUUAAAUUCUUAUACUCGUUCAUGGCCUCAAAGUGGACAUAUCAUUGAUUUUGCCUUUAUUACUUGAAGAAUCUUUGAUUCUUACAUUGGCUUCGUAUAACAAAUUUUGAUUAUGAAGCAUUACUGCUAGAAUAUAGCCUAUCUAUAUACAUUGAAUAAUUACGUCAAAAGAUUGUAUGGCUAAAAAAAUUACAACAUUUUAUCUCUAGCUGGGUUUACAAAACUGAAGAAGAACUGAAAAGCCGAAGUCAUUGGGGUCAGUUGACCACAUACAAAGGAGGCGGAUUUACACAAUUACUUGAACCAAAAAAAGCUGACACUGAUGCAAUUAUUGAAGAUUUGAAGGUUGAAAACAAAUUACUUUAUUUACUAAUAGCCUAUUACAGUUAUGGCUAUUUGAACCGAAGAUGUUUGUUAUAAACGUACAAAAUGUUGCUCAGUUAACAGUUUACCCUGAUUUUAUAAUUAUUAAUUUAUUAUUAUCAGUAAUUAUAGUUAAUAUAGAUACUCAUUUUUUAAUUUUUUUAUUUUUGUAUUACAGGACAAUUUGUGGCUUGACCGUGGUACCCGAGCAGUUUUCAUCGAUUUCUCUGUGUAUAAUGCCAAUAUUAAUCUUUUCUGCAUCAUCAGGUAAGGAAUGCGCAUUGUUGUUCAGUUGUUGUUAUCAUUGUUUUCAAUCUAACAAGAUCCGUAGCGUAUCCUACAAAACUUUCCCCUUUUAUUGUCUGAUCUCUUCGUAAUUAAUUUAUUUUCUACAUUUAAUUUUAUCUUACAUUACUAGUCCUUAAGCUUAAAUAUUGAUGAUUAAGUAAUUUUCUUUAUUUUAGGUUAUUAUUUGAAUACCCAGCAACCGGUGGAUGUAUUCCCAGCUUUACGUUCAGAACAUUGAAAUUGAUCCGUUAUGUUACUGGCUUUGAUCACUUCGUGAUGGCAUGCGAGGGCCUUUUCUUCUUAUUCCUUAUCUAUUAUACGAUUGAAGAAAUUAUUGAGAUUAAGAAACAUAAACUACAAUACUUCAAGAGUUUUUGGAAUAUCCUUGAUGUUGUUGUGCUUCUUCUUGGUUACAUUGCUGUGCUCUUCCACCUGUAUCGUACCGUAGUUGUUGGCAGUCUGCUAGAAGGACUUUUGGAUAAUCCGAACCAAUAUGCAAACUUUGAUAACAUUGGUUUCUGGCAGACACAAUUCAACAACAAUGUCGCCAUUGCUGUAUUCUUCUCUUGGAUCAAGGCAAGUUUCGAGAUUUAACAUUAAUUUUUAAAUCAUAACAUUAUUUUUUUCUUUAUUCUCUAUUAUUAAUUAAUCGAUUCCGCAUUCGAAUAUUGUUUGAAAGAUUGAAACAUUUGAUGUACUUUGAUUUCAGGUGUUUAAAUAUAUCAGUUUCAACAAGACCAUGACUCAGCUGUCAUCCACACUGGCCAAGGUAAAAAUCACGCAUAUGAUGCCCACGUAAAUACGUACUUUAUCUUAGAUUCAAGACAAUCACUGUUGCGGAAAGGUUGGGUUGAUCAUUCUUUAGCAAAUGUCUCAACAACCUCGUACCCAGGGUAUUACCUCCGAGGGGGUGAGCGAAGGUAAUACCCUGGGGUACGAGGUUGAUGUCUCAAAGGCUGUUUAGUCAGAAAACAUUAAUCAGAAACACUUGCUUCUUGAGUAAAUUACCUCUGAAUUAAUGAAUGGUUAAUUUACAACAAAUAAUGGCUGUGGAAUUUCCAUACAUGCUAGUUGAAGGAUAAAACAAGCAAAAAUGGAGGCGGGAGGGGGUGGGGGGGGGGGACGGGGACAGUCAGUAGACGUAGUUUACUAUAGAUUAUAUUACAAUGUUCACAUAACAGUAGAUAAAUCUUCACAUGUCCAAAAAGUGGGUGAGGUGCCAUCUUGCUUGUCCAUCUAAUAUUGACGCCUUUGAAACCAGGAAAGAAAAAAUUUGUUCCCCUGAUAGGAAAUGUUGUUUUCAGAAUAAUGUUCUUGGGGGAUGGUUAUUGGGGGAUUGAUGUUUCUAAGAUGACACUGUUUAUUAGCUUGCUCAGGCUUUUACAUCUCAGUUGAAGUGUAACCUUUUUGGACAUCAUGUCGUUUUAGUGUGCCAAAGAUGUUGCUGGUUUCGCUGUCAUGUUCUUCAUCAUCUUCUUUGCAUACGCUCAACUUGGUUACUUGAUUUUUGGUACUCAAGUUCGUGAUUUCAGUAAAUUUAGUAACAGCAUGUAAGUAUAGGCAUAGUCAAUUUUUUUCCAACGUGAAUCACGGUCGUUGUGCGCGUGGAAAAACAUUCAUCAAAGUUCUAUUGAACUGAAGUGAAAACAUUAGUGUGGGAUUUGUCAAUUUUGGGACGAGUAUUUUGAUUAGUCGUUCGGUGUGUUGGUCGGCCGUCACUAAAACUAAUCUCUCAUUAUAGAUUCACGCUAUUCCGUAUCAUUCUUGGUGACUUUGACUUCCAUCAAAUUGAGAAUGCCAACCGUAUACUUGGUCCAACAUUCUUCAUCACAUACGUCUUCUUCGUAUUCUUUGUACUGCUCAACAUGUUCUUGGCUAUCAUCAAUGAUACUUAUGCGGAAGUGAAAUCUGACAUUGCGCAACAGAAGAGCGAGUUCGAAAUUGGAGAUUACUUCAAGAAGGUACUGAGAUCUGCUCUAUAAGUAUAUCUUCUGUAUAAGUAGUUUAUAUUUGUUAUACAAAUGUUUGUUUUUGUGUAUUCGUAUAUAUAUAUAUAUAUAUAUAUAUAUAUAUAUAUAUAUAUAUAUAUAUAUAUAUAUAUAUAUAUAUAUAUAUAUAUAUAAGUAUCAUGAAGACUGGUUGAUACUGUAAGUAUCAUGAAGACUGGUGCGGUUUGUUUUUGUUAACUACUUAUAGUGGUAAGAGCCAGUUAAGUUUUUGUAUAAUACGAUUGUAUAGUAGGAAGAUUUGAGCAGAUUUUCUUUAAAUAAGAAACACUACAAUAUUUAUACCAGCAAAGGAGAUGAAAGAUUCUGGGUAAAAGUAAUGGUGUGAAAAACAUAAUAAUGUGAAUACAGUAUAAUUAUACAGUAUAAUGGCAUAUUAUACGGUAUGCUAAAAUGCAACAUGUUUACAUUACAUAUUAUGUUCGGAUUGUUUAAAGGGAUACCAAAAGGUAGUCGACAAACUGUCAGUGAAGAGAGAGAAGAUUGCUGAUAUCCAGAAAGCUCUAGCAACUGCCGAUGUUAACCAAGACAGUAAGCUUGACUUUGAAGAAUGGAGAACUGAACUUAAAUCGUAAGUAUCUUCCUCACCUAUAAAUCUAUAGAUAAUAUGUCUAUAGAGAUGCAUAUGACACAGUAAAAUAUACGCAUCCAAAUAUGCGUGAAGUGUCUUGACGCCUAAAUGAUCCCACAAUCCCUAAUCCACAGCCUCACAGAGUAUUCAGCAACACAAAAAUAAUUGGAGAAGAACGUUUAAUCUACAGCCAUUCAUGUUUCACCAUUCAACGGCUAAUUAGAACAACUAAUUGAAAGAAAUCUCAUGCCAAAUAAAGUUUGUGCUAUAAUUAAACGUAUUUUAAUAUAGCGGUUUAUAAUAUGGUGUCAACAGGGGUUAGGUCUAUAGGGGUUAGGUGUUGUCUAUGGGGGUUAGGUGUCAAUUGGGACGAGAGUCCUGUUCCUUUCCCCUGUCACGAAUUGUCUAACUUGUCUUUAUUUGUCUUUAACUAGUUUGUAACAUGUACAUAGUGACAAAUUCAGUAUAUCAUAUCAUUAUAUCAUUAUUUUCUUUUUUCAAAGAUUCAUGUCUGUUUAUUAAUUUCUAGCCGUGGCCAUGCUGAUGCUGAGAUUGAAGCAGUAUUUGCGAAGUAUGAUGUUGAUGGUGACCGUGUCUUAGAUGAAGAAGAAUGUAAGAAGAUGCAAGAAGAUUUGGAAGGACAAAAGGUAAGUUAGAGUUGUUUUACGUAGGGAUCAGUAUAUAGUUUUUACUUUAAUUAGAACACGCAAAGAAACAAUACAUGUGGCUUUGAGAGUAAAAAUAUAUACGCACUUAUACGGUUUUGUUUAUAUAGCCUAUAGGUUUAGCUUAUAGCGUUAAAAUUUAGAUUGGACGGAAUGUUGGAUAAUUUAUAGCUUAGCCGCUUGGUAGGGUUCCGUGUUUUCGAUAAUGCAGUUUACAUGUACUUGGUUUUCUCACCUGGAUGUACUGUCAAAGUGUCAAUGGUAAGCUUAGCUUUGAAUGGUUUUGUAAUCAAUUUAGCAGAGAUUUCCAAGGAAUCACGCGUGGUUAACGUCCAUAUUCGAGCAAAGACAUGAUCUGAGUGAGCCAACAGGAAGGUAUAACCAAAUGCUGAUUUUCGUACAUAAACAGCACCUACUAAGUUUGUCCAUGCCAGGAGUCUAACCAAAGAUAUUCAAUGAUUUAAACUGCAGAUAUGAUCAGGGCUAUUACACAGCUCAGUAUUCCCUCUCAAGUGACCCCCGAUAAUGUUGUAUUUUUCAUCGUGACCAUUUGUUCUUUUUUUAGAAAGAUAAUAUAUGUAUAGGGAACUUUGAUUAUAGUUUCUAAUAAAGACUGGCGUUGUGCUUAGCCUAGCCUAGCAGAAAACAUGGGGGUAUGCCUCAUGAUAAGUUUCGUUAUCCAAUACUAAACUGAGUGGUCUAAAGCUGUAUUGAAUUUUAGGCUGAACUGAAUGAAGAAAUUGAAGAGAUGGAGCGUGCUAAGGAAGAAGGACGACCAGCUACAGCAGCCAGUCGCGUGAGUUUCCGUGACAGUGAUAUGGAUAGUGAUGACGAAGGUGGAUUGAGAGGACGUUCUGGAUCACCAACAUCAAGACGUCGUGGUGGUGGAGGUGGUGGUGGUGUGCCUUAUGAUGAAUUCAAUGUGUAAGUAUGAGAACGCUUAUGGAAUUUUCAUGUUACAGGAAAACAUUAGAGGUUUAGGUUGUUUAUUCCCGUGAAACUUUAAACUUUACGUGGUGUAUACUAGUGUUCUCUCUUUCGCGCUAUGAAUAUAUGGAGGAUGGCUAAAUGGCGUGGGUGGGUGGGUCGUGCGUCGUGGGUCGUGCGUCGUGGGUCGUGCGUCGUGGGUCGUGCGUCGUGGGUACGGUGUUGGGCGUCGUAUAGACAAUGAAAAUAUUUUUUUUAAAACGGAUAGAGGGCAGACGGACAGACGGAUGGAUGAGAGGGUAAAAAUGGACGGAUGAGAGGGUAAAAUGCGAACGGACGGCAGGAGGGUAAAAUGCGGAUAUGAAGGCAUAUAGAGUGGUGUAUUUGUAUUUUUCAUGUAGACUAAAAUCCCAACCUUUGCAACUUUCAUGCUUAUUUUUCUUUGUUAUCCGGUGUGUAGUAAUUUAAUUUUAUGCCACUAUAAUGUGCUGUUUUUCAAGGGCUUCUAAUGCAGUUAUCGGUCCUAAAAGUAACAUUCCCGUUGAGAUAUGACAAUUUCAGGACGGCCUACUUUUACGCAAACGCGAAUUACAAUGGCAGCAUUUAUGCUUAAUUUUCUCUGUUAUCUGUGCAUGUAGUAAUCCUAUUUUAUGCUACUAUAAUGUGCUGUUUUUCCAGGGCUUUUCAAUGCUGUUAUCGGUUUAAAUAUACCUAAAAUGCCCGUUGAGAUAUGACAAUUUCAGUACGGCCUACUUUUACGCAAACGCGAAUUACAAUGGCAACAUUCAUGCUUAAUUUCCUCUGUUAUCUGUGCAUGUAGUAAUCCUAUUUUAUGCUAGUAUAAUGUGCUGUUUUUCCAGGGCUUUUCAAUGCAGUUAUCCGUUUAAAUAUACCUAAAAUGCCCGUUGAGAUAUGACAAUUUCAGUACGGCCUACUUUUACGCAAACGCGAAUUACAAUGGCAACAUUCAUGCUUAAUUUUCUCUGGUAUCUGUGCAUGUAGUAAUCCAAUUUUAUGCUACUAUAAUGUGCUGUUUUUCCAGGGCUUUUCAAUGCAGUUAUCCGUUUAAAUACCUAAAGUUUUGACGAGCUAGUGUACCCAUGGGCGGUACGGAAGGAAAAAAUUAGGGGAGCGGAAAGAAAUUUGUCCGACUUUUUCGGAUUGUGCCCGACUAGUGCGAAAUUUUUUUUCUGGAACAAUUAAUUUUGGCGACCUCCGCCCCAACCCCCUCCCCCCCGUCGCCAAAAAAAUUUCGGUCAGUGUACCAUUUUAGGGGUCCAAAAAUUUUUCGGACAUACCAAAAUUUUUCGCAACAUCAAACAAAUUUUCCAAACAGCACAAAAUUUACAGAAUUUCCCACAAAAUUGACAGAAUCCGAAUCGAAUAUUGCCCAACUGGCUUUGUUUGCCCGGCAAACUGGGGGGGGGGGGCGCCCGGUACGCGUAUGAUUAUAUUACAUCAACCACGGGUUUCGAAUUGAUUUUUCAAGCACAUGCAACAGUGGAAGUUUUUAUAGUUUUUCAAUAUUACAUAUUUUAUACUUAUUAACUAAAGUUAUUAUUAAGAGAGAUUUGAUUGCUUUGACUACUUCUUUGGCUUUUUAAUUUCCCACCGUCUUCGCCCGACUUAUGUUGAACAUUUGCCCGACUUUUCGACUUUGUAAUCUUUUUUUUUUGGGGGGGGGCAGCUGCCCCCCCUGCCCCCCGUCCCGUACGCCUAUAAGUAUACCGCCCAGAUAACAGACAAAAUUAAGCAUGAAAGUUGCAAUUGUAAUUCACGUUUGCGUAAAAGUAGCUCUACGGUUUUCAAAAAAAUGGAAACCAUUUAGAUCGGUAUUUUAAUAAAUUGUCAAAAUAAUUGAGUAUACUAAAACAAAUAAUUUUAUGAAAUAAAAAUUGGGGGUAGGCUGUUGCGGUAUUUGAAAAAAAACGAAAACCGAUACCGGAAAAAAAUACCGAUAAUACUGAUAUAUCGAUAUUUUUCGCGAUUGUAUUUUGCUUAAUUUUAUGCAAAAUUUGCUUAAUUUUAUGCAAAAUUUGCUGUUUUCAAAUGAUGCCAAACAGCCACGAUAUAACAGCUUUGACUCAUCAGAUGCGUAAUAUUUUCAAUAAAGUGUCAAUGAAAAGUGAAAAUGCAUAUUACUUAAUUUAAUAUUAGCAUUGAUUACCGCUCCGGAUGAAACAUGUGUGAUAUUUUUGUCCGGGAAAUUGUUUCAAAACAUUUUAUUCAACUGCGAGUUCGAAACAAAGAUCGUCCUAUAUCACCAGAAAACUAACAAUGUCCAAUGAGGUUAGUUCUUGUUUUUCUAAAACAUUUGUAAUCCACCGUUGUUUACGUUCUAAAAGUUCACGAGCGAAAUGACAUAUUACCUAUAACUAAAGCCUGGUUUCCAUUAAAUCGUAAUUAUCGCAAGAACCGCAUCACAAGCGUCGCAACGAUUUUAAAAACGCGAAAAUUUUAAUAAAAACUGCGAUUUAUUGGAAACUUGAAGCCUGGUUUCCAUUAAAUCGUAAUCAUCGCAAUAGUCGCGGAACGCAGACAUCGCUAUCGCAAAAAUCGCAGUAAUUCUAUCUUUGCGACUUUGUCGUAAGAGUCUUAGUUAUCGGUGUGACUCAGGUUUUCAAUAAAUCGCAGUUGAAAACCUGAGUCACACCGAUAACUAAGACUCUUACGACAAAGUCGCAAAGAUAGAAUUACUGCGAUUUUUGCGAUAGCGAUGUCUGCGUUCCGCGACUAUUGCGAUGAUUACGAUUUAAUGGAAACUAGGCUUAAGCGAAAUGACAUAUUACCGUACCUUGCAACGUACGCCAACGUAACGUAUAAACAAACACGUUUUAGAUCGCGUUCUAACCUUAAUUGACGGAUUUUCCCGCGGAGUUAACACAUUGAUCGUCUUUGUCCUUCUGAGUAACUUCAAUCAGCGCUUGAAAUUUGAAAAAGCUUGAUAUGGCGUUUAAAUAUACAAACGUAAACGUGAUAUCGAUAAUACCGAAAAAUAUCGAUAUUCCGAUAUUGAUUGAAAAUUCCAAUAUCGAGUAAUCGGUAUUUUGAUAAAAAAAGAUAAUUAUCGGUUUAUCGAUAUACCGCAACACCCUAAAUUUGGAGGUCACCGAUGUCUUUUACAAGUUAAAUUACUGUAAUUAAAUUCAACCACCCACAAGUUCACCCAGCAUUUUUGCCAAUGUGGUCAUAGUUAAUAGAGAUGUGGCAUAUAGCUAAAAAGAUUGGUGCAAAAUUUUGGCAGUUCAUGGUAUAGUUCGGUUUUAAUUUUUUUUUGCGCUUUACUAACGCACGACCCACGACGCACGACCCACGACGCACGACCCACGACGCACGACGCACGACCCACGACGCACGACCCACGACGCACGACCCACCCACCCACGCCAAAUAGACAAUCUCGAAUAUAUGUCUGUACGUACAUCUAAUUAACAACUCUAAUUUCCACACUUCCAGUCACUUUUUUAUUCCUAUGUCCUCGAGGAUUAAUUGUUGAGACUUCGUUAAACGUUGUUUUAUUUUGUAAUCUAUCAGGCUGAGUCGCCGUGUAGAUCGCAUGGAACACUCCAUUGGAAGUAUUGUAUCUAAGAUUGAUGCCGUUCUUGUCAAACUGGAAGCCAUGGAGAAAGCCAAGUUAAAACGCCGAGAAACCAUGGCCAAGUUACUUGACAGCAUCACUGAAGUAUGAUAUUUGAUAUGAAUAUUAACCAUUUCUUCUUUAGCCUGCUGGUCUUGAGCCCACUGAUUCCUGUCCCCUAUCCUUCCUUUCCUUAUCCUUUCAGAAAUAACAUGCACACAUAGUCACCCAUUAUAUUUAAACUUUUUAUCGUCAGUCUAUCCAUCUCUUCUCCAGCUAAUCUACAUUUCUUCUUGUUAUGUUUACCUAAAAUCUCAAUCUUAGUUCCUCCACCCUCUCUGCAUAGUUUACCACCCACAUCUUCUUUUUCUCUCUUUCUUCCUAAUAUUAUGAAAGUUUGUCUUCUUUGUUUUUAAUCCUUUUUGGUGUUUCAAAUACAAAGCACAAAAACUUAGUAUAAUUGCUGAAAAUGAACAUUGAAUAAGAUAUGCUUAUUCAAGGAGCAUACAGCGUUGGGUGAAGUGCACGACAGUCCCUUAAUCUGAAAAAGAUAAAAAUUCUUCACAGCCCCCAAGUUAAAAGAUUUUAUUGGAGGAUUGCUAAAAUAAGAUUUUAAUCUGAGUUGUUUUGUUGUUGCAGGGUACGAAUUCCAAAUCUGAAGAAGACUUGAAGCGCGAUCAAAUGGAGAAACUUGUACGUGAAGAGUUGGAUAACUCAUGGAGUAGUAAUGCUAGCCUGCGUUCAGGUGGUGGUGACUCUCGACCUGGCACUGCUGCUUCUCGUGGUGGAUCGCGAGCACCUACAGCUAAAUCAUUGUACAGCCAGGGUGGCAACAAAAGUGCCACUUCACGUGGACGUAAAACUGCACAAGGAAGUGCAGCAAGCCUUCGAAUGGAAUCUGUAAGUAUACCUCAUUACAAAGCA